CCUCAAAUGUCCAAUCACGAGAGCAUGUCUGAAGAUGUGUGUGUGUGUUUGGGUCACUCAUUUGUAUGUGAGCGCGUACUGGUGUGAGGUGAAAACAGACAUUUUGGUCUCAUUGGCUGUGAAGCUGCCAGUGUCCUGCACCACCAUAUUAACUUCACACACAACUUCAGAUUCUUUCUCAUUGGUUAUUGCGGUCUGUCACAAGUCUGAACAAGUCAGUGUUUAGUGACAACACCCACCCUACGCUUGGGAAACUUGAGACUUUUCUCACUGACCAAAUGCAUUCCUAUUCUCCAGGGUCUCUGUUUGAGGAUAUCGACUACAUGAGGUGAUCAUUUUGCUGUCACUUUCCAUGAGGAGGUGAUCAUUUGCUGUGUUUUUCCUGAACUGGAUUUAUUUCUUCGUAAUGGAGGUGGACCAUCUGGAGGACAACUGCACGGCCCAGAACAAGCCCCUCUAUGUGUUCUACUCCACGGUGUUGUUUGGGGAGUUCAUCUUAGCUCUCCCCCUCAACGCGUCGGUCAUCUAUCUCUUCAUCUUCAAGCUCAAGUUCUGGAAGACCAACGCCAGCAACAUCUUCCUCUUUAACCUGGUGCUGGCGGACAUCUUGCUCCUCUUCUGCCUACCUGUGCGCGCCUACAACUUCCAGCAGGGCAAGAGGCGCAGCGAGAACGAGGUGGUCUUCCGUGCCUUGCUCUUCAUCCUCUUCCUCAACCGAGGUGCCAGCAUCGUCUUCCUCACCGUUGUCUCAGCGUACCGCUACUUGAAAGUGGUCCAUGCUGGUCGCAACUGCACGCGGGAGAUCCACAAGCACUCGCCGCUCAUCGCCGGGCUCAUCUGGCUGGUCCUGCUGCCGCUGACCAUCCCCAUGAUGCUGCGUCCGCUGAGUAAGAGCCUGUGCAGCGACGAGGACAAUGUUGUGGACGUCUUCCGCGAGAUCGUGUUCUUCACGGAGAACCUCGUGCCGUUCGUCAUCCUCGUCCUGUGCACGGUGGGCAUCACCACGCGGCUCCGCCAGAACACGGUGGGCGACCAGACCAUGCUGCGGCGGGCGUCGUUCCUAGUCGCGUCCGUCAUACUGGUCUUCUCACUCUGCUUCCUGCCCUGCACCAUCUCGCGCAUGGUGCUCCUGGUGGUCAGCCGAGGGUCCGAGUUCUCCCCGGAGGCCAAGGACGUCGCGCUGCAGGUCUACGAUGGCCUUAAGUGUCUGGAGUACCUGGAGCUCCUGCUGGACCCCAUAGUCUACUGCCUGAGCAGCACCAAGUUCAAAAGCCUUUACAUGGAGACCUACUUGCCUUUUCUGCUGACUAAAAACAAACAGGACUCGUCAAACAACGUGCCCGCCGCCAGGGAAGCACAGGCACUCCAGGAAGAACCGACUGAGGAAUCCGAUGACGUCUAAUACACAAGAAUGCUUUCAGUGUUAUGGUCUACAGGGUAACAAAAACUAAGAUUUAUAUAUUUAAAUUCCAUUGGCAUACUGUCUAUAGUGGGUGAGAAGUUGCUUACACUCCUACACAUGUUGUUUUUGCAACAAAUAAAUGUUUCGUUAUUGGUUGAUACUUGUGGGACCGUGUUGAAAGGUAGUCUGAAGUAGACAGUCUGCAAUUGCCUAAACAGGGAUAUUUCACGUUUCUUUUGUAUGGACAACCUUCCUCGACCCAAUACACCCCUAUCCUCUCUUCUAACCACCAUCACCAGCACAAUGUUAGCUGUAGAUGAUAUCACAGAAGCCAGUUUGUGGCAAAUGUUUUUCAUAUUCACAUAGUUAUAUAAAAGUCUUGUUCUAAAUGAUGAGAUGAUAAAAAAGAAAAAUUCUGAUAUGAAAAUGUUUGUGUAUUUUGCUAAACGGUUAUGCUUCAUAACAUGGUGUAUAUUGAUUUCAAUUAUAUACUUUUUUUCUUUUCACUUUUAACAUGUCUUGUCAUGUGAUCUAUCAAUCAAGUGAUCUCUGUCAUGUGACCUACUUGAUUGACCUGCUUUGAAAGAGUGGCAGCCGUUUUUGAGUGGCUCUGUUGAAGGCCAGUUUGGCCGAAACGCGUAGGCAUGUUUAAGCAGCCAAAUAAGAAAAUACAUUUUUAGCAUCCUUCUUGAUCCUCGAUUUGUCUUAAUUUUUGAAUAAAUCUGGAAUCCCUG